AUGGAUGGUAGUAGUUUGGUGAAUCCGGGGGAAUCAGGUGCGGAGGGGCUGAUUAGAGACCAUAAAGGUAAUCUGAUCGUUGCAUUUUCGGAGUAUUGUGGUAUUGGUUCUAAUAAUAAAGCUGAAUUAUUGGGGGUUCUAAUUGGUUUGCGAAAAUACAAGGCGAUGGGUUUACGUAAUAUUGUUGUUGAACUUGACUCAUCCCUGAUUGUGACUUGGUUCGAGAAAGGUAGUUGUCGGGUUUGGUACUUGGAGGAUUUUUGGGAGGAAAUUUUCCUUCUCAUCAGUGGCCUGAAUACUCGGUUUAACCGUGUUUUUAGAGAGGGUAACCAAGCUGCGGACUGGCUCAGUAAACAUAGUAGUGCGGGGAUUACGUAUGAAUAUAAUUCGAAUAAUAUUCCUAAGGAACUUAAAGGGAUAUUACGGGUAGAUAACUGUGGUUUACCUUGUUUAAGAAUGAAGUAA